GGCGGACCGUCAGCACCGUGCGGAGCCUACAGAGAGCUGCGUGAGACCCGGGGACAUCGGAGGAACCGCGCUGAACGCUGUCCGCAACGCACCGCCGCUGACACGCGCACACCAGGAGGGGGGGUUUCCGGAGAUUAGACGACGCCUAGAGAAAUCUUCACACGCCGGACAAGAAAGAGGAGUUUGUCUCACAACAAGCUUUUUGUGUUUUUUUUGCCUUCUUCUUCCUCCUGUAAAUUUGCGUGAAGAAUUUCUCAACUGCGCAGAGAGCGAACGAGAGAAAGAGGCGCCGGGCGAACAACUAACGACAGCCGUCAUCCCGAGAGGCUCCGCGCUGCUCCCCUCGUUUGAAGAGCCGGGAGGAAACGAAAAGGCAGCGCGUGUGAUUCGUGUGUCUGCGCGCGCGCGCACGUGUGUGUGUGUCACAUUGUGUGGGAAGGAGCCGUCUGUCCGCCAUGGAGAACUCUCACACGAAGAGCGUGGAAGAAGUUUACAGUUAUUUCUGCGUCAAUGAGAGCACCGGACUUUCCCUGGAGGAGGUGAAGCGGCAGAGGGAGAAAUGGGGCCUGAACGAGUUGCCAGCGGAGGACGGAAAAUCUCUGUGGGAGCUCGUACUUGAACAAUUUGAAGAUUUGCUUGUUCGCAUCCUUCUGCUGGCCGCCUGUAUAUCUUUCGUGCUGGCCUGGUUCGAGGAGGGCGAGGAAACUAUCACCGCCUUUGUGGAGCCUUUUGUCAUUUUACUCAUCCUUAUAGCCAACGCCAUCGUCGGUGUGUGGCAGGAACGCAAUGCCGAGGACGCCAUCGAGGCGCUGAAGGAGUACGAGCCCGAGAUGGGGAAGGUCUACCGGCAGGACAGGAAAACCGUGCAGAGGAUCAAAGCCCGAGACAUUGUGCCUGGUGACAUCGUGGAGGUUGCUGUUGGAGACAAGGUGCCUGCUGACAUCCGUAUCUGUUCCAUCAAGUCAACAACCCUGAGGGUGGACCAGUCCAUCCUGACCGGGGAAUCCGUCUCCGUCAUCAAACAUACCGACCCUGUGCCGGACCCCCGCGCUGUCAAUCAGGACAAGAAGAACAUGCUCUUCUCCGGCACUAACAUCGCUGCUGGGAAGGCCGUGGGAGUGGUCGUGGCCUCCGGCAUUAACACGGAAAUCGGAAAGAUCCGCGACGAGAUGGCGGCCACCGAGCAGGAGAAGACCCCCCUGCAGCAGAAGCUGGACGAGUUUGGCGAGCAGCUCUCUAAGGUCAUCUCCCUCAUCUGCAUCGCCGUGUGGAUCAUCAACAUCGGCCACUUCAACGACCCCGUCCACGGAGGCUCCUGGAUCCGCGGGGCCGUCUACUACUUCAAGAUUGCCGUGGCGCUGGCCGUGGCCGCCAUCCCCGAGGGCCUCCCCGCCGUCAUCACCACCUGCCUGGCCCUGGGCACCCGCCGCAUGGCCAAGAAGAACGCCAUCGUCCGCAGCCUGCCAUCCGUGGAGACCCUGGGCUGCACCUCGGUCAUCUGCUCGGACAAGACGGGAACCCUGACCACCAACCAGAUGUCCGUCUGCAGGAUGUUCAUCGUCAACAAAGCCGAAGGGGACAGCUGUGCUCUGUCAGAGUUCACCAUCACGGGUUCUACCUACGCACCUGAGGGAGAAGUGUACCAGGAUGGUAAACCAGUGAAGUCCUCCCAGUAUGAUGGCCUGGUUGAACUGGCUACUAUCUGUGCCCUUUGUAACGACUCCUCUCUGGACUUCAACGAGGCUAAGGGUGUGUACGAGAAGGUCGGCGAAGCCACAGAGACGGCGCUCACCUGCUUGGUGGAGAAGAUGAACGUUUUCGACACCGAAGUCCACAACCUGUCCAAGGUCGACCGAGCCAACGCCUGCAACUGUGUGAUCAAGCAGCUGAUGAAGAAGGACGUCACCCUGGAGUUCUCCAGGGACAGGAAGUCAAUGUCCGUCUACUGCACCGCCAACAAGUCUCGCUCUUCCGUCGGCAAGAUGUUUGUUAAGGGGGCCCCGGAGGGAGUCAUCGACCGCUGCACGCACGUCCGAAUCGGAAACAGCAAAGUUCCCCUCACCAAAAGAACCAAGGAUAAGAUCCUGUCUGUGAUCCGUGAGUACGGGACCGGUCGGGACACCCUCAGGUGCCUGGCUCUGGCCACGCGGGACACCCCGCCAAAGAUGGAGGACAUGAUUCUGACGGACGCCACCAAAUUUGUGUCGUACGAGACCGACCUGACCUUCGUCGGCUGCGUCGGCAUGCUGGACCCCCCCAGGCAGGAGGUGGCCGCCUCCAUCAAGCUGUGCCGCCAGGCCGGCAUUCGCGUCAUCAUGAUCACAGGGGAUAACAAGGGCACGGCCGUGGCCAUCUGCCGCCGCAUCGGCAUCCUGAGCGAGGAUGACGACGUGGACAAAAUGGCUUUCACCGGCCGAGAGUUCGACGAGCUGUCGCUCGGCGCUCAGCGCGAGGCCGUAACCCACGGCCGCUGCUUCGCCCGGGUCGAACCCUCCCACAAGUCCAAGAUUAUUGAGUUCCUGCAAGGGUUCGACGAGAUCACCGCGAUGACGGGCGACGGCGUGAACGACGCCCCGGCCUUGAAGAAGGCGGAGAUCGGCAUCGCCAUGGGCUCCGGCACGGCCGUGGCCAAGUCGGCCUCCGAGAUGGUCCUCGCCGACGACAACUUUUCCUCCAUUGUGGCCGCCGUCGAGGAAGGAAGAGCGAUCUACAACAACAUGAAGCAGUUCAUCAGAUACCUCAUCUCCUCCAACGUCGGGGAGGUCGUCUGCAUCUUCCUCACCGCGGCGCUGGGCUUUCCCGAGGCUCUGAUCCCGGUCCAGCUGCUCUGGGUCAACCUGGUGACCGAUGGCCUCCCCGCCACCGCCCUGGGCUUCAACCCCCCGGACCUGGACAUCAUGGAGAAGCCUCCUCGUAAUGCCAAGGAGCCGCUCAUCUCCGGCUGGCUCUUCUUCAGAUACCUGGCCAUCGGCUGCUAUGUGGGCGCGGCCACGGUGGGAGCCGCCGCCUGGUGGUUUACGGUCUCUGAAGAUGGACCUCAGGUCUCUCUGUACCAGCUGAGCCACUUCCUCCAGUGCGCCCCAGACAACCCAGACUUCGACGGCCUAGACUGCCACGUGUUUGAGUCGCCCUACCCGAUGACCAUGGCGCUGUCCGUGCUCGUCACCAUUGAGAUGUGCAAUGCUCUCAACAGUCUGUCGGAGAACCAGUCUCUCCUGCGGAUGCCUCCCUGGGAAAACAUUUGGCUCCUGGGGGCCAUCUGCCUCUCCAUGUCCCUCCACUUCCUCAUCCUGUAUGUGGAGCCGCUGCCUGUCAUCUUCCAGAUCACCCCUCUGGACCUCACCCAGUGGAUGAUGGUGCUGAAGAUGUCGCUGCCCGUCAUCCUGCUGGACGAGCUGCUCAAGUUCAUCGCCAGGAACUACCUGGACUUUGGUAACCAGCUGGAGAAGCCGGCCGGCCGAGGCCGCUCCCUGUCUGCAUGCGCCGAGGGCAUCUCCUGGCCCUUCGUGGCCCUCUCCCUGCCCCUGGUGCUGUGGAUCUACAGCACCGACACUAACGUGUCCGCCAUGCUGUGGCCCUGACUGACUCCACCGCACCACCCUCCCCGCGCACCAGUGUGAAGUGGACAUUAACACACGCAUCUAACACAGUUACUUUAACACGGAGCAACUUACAGUAAACAGGGGGAGGGGAGGGGAGGGGAUUUGACCAAUGUUGUCUCCAUGUGUUUUAUUUUACCAUCACGCUUUCUCACUCUUUUGUUCUUCUUUUGAACAGUUAGGGAUGCCCUGUGUUUAAGAUGUACAGAGAAUUUACACUAUUUUAUAAUAAUUAAUAUUUUGUAAUUUUUGGGAGGGGUUUUGGGGACGAGAAUACUGGGUGUGAACGGACGUAAUUCCAAGGAUCGUAUAUAAUACAAUACUAAUUUUGGGGCAAGGACUUGAUGUAUUUGCCCUGGCAUGAAUCUAGUCACCUGUGAGCUCCAUGCGUGGUCAUUCAUUAUAUUCUGCAUUAGGCAGAGCACAGCUACCUCAAUGCUGUUGUUAUCAUUACUACCCAUUUGUCUUAACAUCCAUUCCGUUGAUUAUCAGUAAGUGUUGAGGUAAGCAUUGAUUUAUUUCGCCGUAAAGCCGACAACCUCACCGUCGCGCGUUCAUGUGUUUGUGGUUUGUUUUUUUAGCUAGCAUAUUUUUGGUUUCUCUGAGUGAUUUAGAGUAAUUUUUUGAUAAAGUGUUGAAUUUGUUUACUUGAAGAAAACACAUUAUUUUCUUUUAUUCUGUAAGUUUUUGAGAUUCCCUCAACUUUCAUUCUUUCAACUUUCCAUUUUGCAUCUUAAUUACGGUUAUCUUUGUUUGUAUAAUGUGCACAUACUGUACUUGAACUUGUAAAAAGGCACCAAGGAGCUGUUAGUCUUAUCAACUGAGCACAAUAUGGACGACCGGUCAUUGGAAGAGUCUUUAUAUCUGUAAAUACACCACAAAGUAGAAUCUCUGUAUAGAUUUUGUUGUGUUUAAAAAAAAAAUGCUCCAUACAUUUACACUAGUUUACUUAAACGUGGUCUCAGCCUUUCUGCAUGCCUGCUCCAAUAACACCAGGCCCCAGUGUGCUUAGAGUUCACUUUCUAUUUUGGUUUUGCUUUACGGCUAACUGUUGUUUCUCCCAAUGCCUUCGGCCCGUUUGCCCGCCGAGUGAGUACUCGACGACCUGCAUGCCGACCAGCGCUCAUCCUUCACGCGGCUCACCACGCAGCUUCGCCGUCAGUCGCCAUUUCUGAUAGGACCAGCAGUUUUUCGUUUUAUUCUUUUUAAUGGUACAAAAGGAACAUUUAAGGAGUUUUUUUAGUUUGUUUGAAGAUGCCUUCUAUGUCACCAAGUGCCAGGUACACACUGAUUAGAACUAGGAGACUUUUACUGGCAAACCCGCUGACAUUCAAGUGCCCCAACAGCAUUACAGGACAUAGUGUUUUGUUUUAUUUAUACAUGUGUUUUUCUUUUUUAUUGCAUUUCCCAAUAUCAUCUAAUCUCUUGCUUGCCCAUAGCAUGGCCGUAAUAUUUUUGCCCUUUUUAUUAAAAUAAGCAUUGCUGGAUUUAAAUGAUUUGCUGCUCAGAUGUUUUUUUUAAAAACUUUUUCUUUGUGUCCACUGAUUUGAUUCUUCUUUUUCUUUCCAGCAAAGGCCGGCUAAGCCCACCUCUACUCUAAAUUCCUUGCCGAAACGUUGCUUUUGUUUUGUGUUGUGCAUGUGUGUUCCAGGCAGCACAUCUAUCGGGCGCUGUACGUCAGUUGGAUAAUAUUAAGAUGGAGGCUCAUAUGGUUCAUACAUUACUUUUUUUUUUUAGAAUGGCCAUAAAUAGUCUGCUAAAAAUGGUCCAAUCCCCCAUCAUCAGGCCUCCCAUCCUCCUGCAGGAAGAGCCUCAGCUUGUGAUACAAUUCUCAUGCCAUCUUUUUAGACCAAGAUCUUAGUACUGUGUACAGUAAAUUGUACAAUAUUCAUGGUGCAUGUUCACAGAAUUCGCUAUCUGUUUUGCCAGACUUGUGUAGUAGACAAUGUAUAUUAAUGGUAAAUGGAAUAGACAUUCGUCAGAUAGUACAAAUGUUUCAAGCUCAAAACAGUUCAUCUUUCCUAAGGAAAUACUUUAAUGAAAUAUUUAAAAACUAAACCACCUAUCUUCCUUUUUGCUUUGUACUGUGAUGUGCAUCGUGUUUGGAGCAGAUUUUGCCAUGUCUGGGAAGAUGGAUGUGCAGUGAUGCACAUGUUACCAUGACAACGGCAGGCAGUUACUCCACUGGCAUUUUUUUAUUUUGCCAAACUGCUGUACUUUAUUUUGAGAUGAUUGUACUCAUGAACUUUGGUUUUAGGUAAAUAAAACGUAUCAUACAUGAAGA